AGGGACCUGAACAAAGCACGGAGUGCCUACCAGAAAUCAAUUGACAUGAUUUCAACUUGAAUUGCCAUAACAACAACAAUGCUAACCCAUAUACGGAUACACGUAGGAACACGAUCCGGUUCGUGGUACGAAUGUUGGCCACCCAAAUACGCAAAUGUAGUAUCUCCGCCGCCGCCGGAGGAGGAUCGAUCAAACGUUGGUUGUCCCGGGCAACGGCAACAUUCCGAUUGGAGGCCCGGAACCUAACCUAAGCCAAGUCGAAAGGCAAAGCGUUGGCCAGAAAUCAGUUGGGCAGCAGCGAGCCAAGGAGCUAGAAGGCAUUACGGAUACAGCUAUAUCUGAAUCGAUACAAAAAAACCAGGACUAACAUCAGGACUAGCAUCAUCACCAAACUACUGACAACAUGUGCGACUGCGGCUGCUAUUCCUACUGUCUGCACGACAGCUCCUGCUACAGCCACUAUCACUCGCACUCGCACUCGCAUUCCCAUCACUGCUGCGCCGGAUACAAGUAUCUCAAGUGCCUGUGUCGCUACUAUCGCCAUGGGCACUGCACCUGCUCCUGCUGGAGGCGGAAAUGCUACCUGCUCUAAGGAGGCGGAGUCGGAAUCGGAAUCUGAGGGAGAAUGAAGCUGCGCUGCACUACGACACACACAACAAAUCACAACUCAAACAACGCAAAUCACCAAAGAAAUCACACGAUAAAGUCCUUUAAGCAGUUGCAUAACACUUGGCUGCAUCCAAAAUCGACCAAGAGUGAGGGAGUGAAGCGAGUGCUAAAUGGAAAAUGGGAAAAUGUUGCCAUGAGGAGAAGGAGAAGGAGGAAAAUGUGGAGCAUGAGGAGAAGGCCAAACAACUAGCGUGCAUACGGGUCGUAUGUGCAACGUUUUCAGUUGUCGUGUGAGUGUUCAGAGUGUGCGGAGUGUGUGUGUGUGCGAGUGCCUGACUGCGAGUGAAAAUGAAAUGGUUCAAGGAUGCGGCCAACACAGUUAUCGACUGCGUUUUUUUGCAUUUUGCAGUUGCAAAAUUUUCCUUUCCCCCCCAUUUACACGAUAAAGUCCCACUUAACUCCCAAGUGAAGCAACUCGAAUUAGUGCGUAAGUCUUACUCCACACCACACCACACACUCGAUUAACACCACACACACACAUCGUUACCGAACCUAUAAUACAUCAAUGUUUAGAGCGUAGUUCAAUAGAGACUUUUCGCCAUAUUUGUAACGUUACCAAAUCCAACAGAAAAAAUCCAGAAAUAAAGUUUUACUCCAACACCA